AUGCAUAUGUAUGUGCUAAGAUCUAUUUCAUUUGUAUCUAUCAGUUUAUCUCUUUAUCUAUCUGUUCAUAUUUGUCUGUAUCUAUUUUGGCCUUGUUUCUCUCUAUAUAUAUAUUUGUCUCUCUGUUCUGUGCUGUCUUUCUGUCUCAGCCUGAUCUGUCUAUCUAAUUCUCUGUCUGUCUCUAAUCAUAUCUCUGUAUUCAAAUCUAUUAAUCUAUCUAUCUGUCUAUUUUACUCAGUUUUAUCUAUCUAUCUAUCUAUCUAUCUAUCUAUCUAUCUAUCUCAACUUGAGAUCAAUGAUAAACAUAUCCGGAAACUUCUCGACCAAUUGGAGAAUCAGCAUAGUCUUCAUCAGGAAGCCUUGGAGAAAGUUAAACUUGCAGACUUGCGAUGCAUUGACAUGGAAGAACGUCUUCGUAUCAAUGAAGGGGAGCUGGCCACUGGUGACAUACUACGCUCUGGCUUUAAGUCCGACAAAGAAAAGCACAUUAAUUCUUUUUUUCUCCUUCUUAAUCCUUUUCCUUUCUCCUUAUGUUUUCUUUAUUUAGUCUCCCUAUUUUCUCCCUAUUCUUCUUCUUCAUGUCCCUUUAUUCUUCUUCUUCUUCCUUUCUUUUUCUUCUUCGUCUUCUUUGUUCUUCGUUUUCCUUUCUUCUUCGUUUUCCUUUCAUCAUCUUCUUCUUCGUUUUCCUGUCUUCUUCUUCUCCUACCCCUCCUUAUUUGCUUCCGUUUCUUCUCCUCCUUAUUCACCUACUCUUUCUAUUCGUGA